UGUCCGUGGGACGAGUGGACGGACUCAGACAGUAACAGGCGGACAACGGGGGUCGGGUCUCUGCUCUUUGACUUUGACGUUAAUAAUUAAAACUUGGAUGAACCAUGAAACCAGAUCGGACGCCGUUUCAGUUUUGCGCUACGUCGGGCGAGCAGCGGUCCAAAGUUUAGUAGUUUAACCAUGGAGACUAGAAAGAAGCGGACACCGAGUCAUUUACCGACCCUCUCCGGAGGCUGGCAGACGGAGGAAGAAUGAAGGCUGGUCCCCAGUAGGACCCGAGCUCUCCUCCAGCUUCAUGUCACCCUCCUCUCCGUGUCAGAUGCCUGCACGGGGCGAUGGGGGCUACAAGCCGGCACCUGUGUCCCCCGCUCCGCCUGUCCCGCCGAGGAGGGUCCGGAGCCGGGACAGGGGCUCCGGCAGGACGCGGCGGUCCGGGGCAGGGUCAGCGGGAACCGGUGCAGCGGAGAGGCGGGUGAAGUGUGUGCUGGUGGGGGACGGAGCGGUGGGGAAAACCAGCCUGGUGGUCAGCUACACCACGAACGGUUAUCCCACCGAGUACGUCCCGACUGCGUUUGACAACUUCUCAGCGGUGGUAUCAGUGGAUGGGCAACCGGUCAAACUACAACUCUGUGACACAGCUGGACAGGAUGAGUUUGACAAGCUGCGUCCGCUGUGUUACACCAGUGCAGACGUGUUCCUGCUGUGCUUCAGCGUGGUCAGUCCCGCCUCCUUCCAGAACGUUCCUGAGAAGUGGGUUCCUGAGAUUCGGAAACACGCCCCCUUCGCUCCGCUCGUCCUUGUGGGGACGCAGUGUGACCUUCGAGAGGAUGUCAAGGUUCUUAUUGACCUGGCAAAAUACAGAGAGCGGCCUGUGGACCCAGUGGACGCCCGGGACUGUGCGAUGGAGAUCGGAGCGGUCGCCUACAUGGAGUGCUCCUCUCUGACCCAAAAAAAUCUCAAGGAAGUAUUUGACACGGCCAUACUGGCCAGCCUGCAGAGCUACAAUUCCCACAAGCACUCGAGAGGGAAACAAAAGCAUCGGAAAAAGCAAAGGCAGACACCGGACAAGAUGAAGAGCUUAUCAAAGUCAUGGUGGAGAAGGUACUGCUGUGUGGCCUAGAGCAGACCUGAGACGGGCCUUUCGCUGGUGUCUCCGAUUGACUCUGAUCCUUUGAGUUCUGGUCAGGGAUCAGCUUGGUCCGUGUGGACCGAAGUUUGGUUUUCUUUUUAAAGGAGCCUGAUACACGGCCUCAACUGGACUGGACUGGUUGAGAACCAAGACUUUCACGGAUGUAAAAUGCUUUUGUUCUUGUUGUGAACAGGAUCUACUACUGAGCCUUUACAGGAGAAGGUGCUUCUGUGUCUCCUGGAAUUAAACUGGUGUAAACCAGUACUUUUGUGGGACUAACAGAAGAUGUGAUAGUAUUGUUUAGGAUUUGAACAGGAACUUGGAAACGUACUCUGGAGUUCUGGUAAAACCAUUCCUAGUCUGUUAUGGAUUCACGCGGCCUUUAUGCAGAGUAUAAUAAUGGUUUAUUAUUGGUGACCUAAAUGCUUCCAAUCGUCAUUUUUCUAACUUCUAACUUUAGUCUGGCUUCAGAUACCCAUGAUUAGAAAGAACUGCUGACAGAAAUAGAGCGUCCCUCAGAGCAGACUUUGUCAUUUUGGAUUUUCCGACCCAGACACGAUCACCGGGCAUAACUAAAGCCAGAACAAAUGCAUGCCGUGGUUAAUUUUAGAGCUGUUUUUGUAGCUGUGACCAUUGUUAUUCUAAUGAAAGAACAUGCUGUUUUGGCACCUGUAGCGUUAGUCGGUAACCUGAAUCAUACACCUUUUAUUUUAAACUUGAACUGAGCAAUUUAUUGAGUCAGCGCCUGCUCAGAUUUUAGUGUGGGACUAUGUCUGGUGAGGUGAAGGCUUUGGUUUGGGUCGUAUCAUGUCUGAUCUGAAACAAAACUAAUAUCAACGCUUUUUCCCCAUGAGGGUAAAAAAAGACAAUAAAAAAAUCAGGCCAAUGAAACAAAUCUUAGUUCAAAAUAUCUUCAACGAAUAAUACCAAACAGCACAUCAAGACAAUCUGAAUAUCCAUCUGAUAAUAACAUCAGCAUUGUUCUGCAACAGCAAGUUGUAUUUAUCCACGGUCACGGUAUCCACGGUGACCUACUUUGCUUUCCAUUUGUAGCUGUGGUUAUUUAUCAUCCCCAUCCAUCCUGCAUUAAUAAGGAAAUGACUGACGAGGCAGUGAGGCUGGAGUGGGACCAGUGUGGUUUGGUAGAAUAUAAAUCUUUGGUGGUGGUCUGUCGUCUGUCUGGAGCUGACCUUAAUGGGACUAAAAAUGCCCUCCGCAUUUUGUCUUCGCAUGAAACUCAGUCUCAAACUGAGAAAACAGACAUUUUAAUCUUAAGUAUUCUGACACAGACGAGAACAAGUAAUCCAGGUUUAAGAUACUUGUGCUGCUUGAUGUGAGUUUGAUUUAUUUUAUUUUUCCUGACACGUAAGCAGCAUUACGCAUAAGAACUUAACACAAGAAUUAACACAACCAAGUGCUCAGCGUGGACUCACUUAUUCGUGUAAAUCUGCAGGAGGAAUAUAAUCUGAACAAACUGAAUCCCAGUUUAUAUUUUAGCCCUCCAAAGCAAUGUAUGUGUUUAAGACUGUGAAGGUUGAAUCAUGUUUUGUCAUGAGCUAUGGUUUGAUGCAUCACGUUUGCUUUCCUGCAUUUGUCUUUAUGUAUAAUCUUCAUGUUGAAUUGUGAUGGAAACCAUCAUUCGACAUCUGUCGUUCUGCACCCUUUAACGCCACAGAGGCUACCGUUACGGUGUCUCUUGUGUAAUUGUACUGAUUCUUCUGUUAGUACUGUAGCUUGCCCCCCGCUGGAAUAGAUGAGGCCUUAUAUGUUGCAAAGCAGAAUAAAAAUAACUGAAAGCAAAAUGUGAGGCUGUUAAACACUGAGCUGCCACGCCUUCCUUUGCAUCUUGUAGUUACCCAUGAUAUCUUUUAUUUCUCUACAGUGCCUGAACAACUAACUGGCUCUUUGUAUUAGACUCACUAAAAGGCAAAGUAAAGCUUGCAGCACAGACUCAAUGCAGAUCUGGCAUCAUUUUGUGCUUACACAACUUUAUUAGACAUAAAUACAACAAAAAAAACAGUCCUCUCCUUUUUUAGCCCAGGGACAAGUGAUGCUUUUAUCUGACUCUUGACCUGAAGUUUAAAAGACAAGCUGGAGGGUGUUUAAUUAAGUAUAUCCCGGGCUAAGGGUGAGAGAUGUGUUGUUUUCUAAAAGAAUGACAGUUUGCCUGCAGCUAUGGAAGCUCUAGCUGACGGCCGUGACUCCCCAUCACGUGUGGGGUGAUGAGCAAGUUGAUGCUUUGUCCCUAAAAGUUAACUAACAUCACACUUUAUAGUGCCUGGUUCAAAGUGAGUUCUCUGCUGGUGUGAAAUGGAGUGAGCUGUGGUGUGCCCAAGAAAUUUACUGAAUAAUUUUAAUUACUGAGUUAAGUAACAUGUUCAUUGUAACGUCUGGCAAACUUUAAAAAUUUAAGUUAGAUUUGCACAUUUCUCUUUUGUUGAAUAUAAUCACCCAAUAAUCACUCUCUUUUAAAUGUUUCUAUUAAUCUAUACUGAAUGCAGACAGCAGAGACGUUCAGUGUCCGAGACAGAUCUGAGAACUUUACUCACGUCUGCUAAAAAGUGUUUGGUCGCGUUGAGCUCGGGUCUCAGAGUAAAUCCGUGACUCCCGGUUUGAAGGCUGGGUGUGACUGGGUCCAUUUGGUAGUUUUCUGCUGAAGAUGUUACAGCUGUGUCUGAAUGGGCUCACUGUGUCCAUGUCUCACUCUUGAUAGCAAAAGCAUUGUUUCUUGCAGAGGAAAAAGACAUAAUAGCUUGCUUGUCUUGCUGUUUGUGUGUAGUCUCGGCCAACGGUGGAAUUAAGUAGGCUAAAGGUCACGCAGACUCUUAUGAUAGCUGGCAUUUCCUCUGUCAGGUUUUAUCUACUUACAUGCAAGACCCACGGAGAGCAGUUAUUUUCCCAUCACAGUAAUUUUGAACGCAGCAUGCGAUCAUUUAUUGCUACAUGAAUGAUGCCUUUGUCAUUCAGAGAGUCAGUCACAUAGAGAAUAUUUUACAUGUUUUUGACCGGAGGAGGAUGAAUAAUCUUUGUUUUGGAUAUUUAUCUACCCUUUAACACCUGAUAAAUUAGCAUGCUGUAAUGCUGUAAAUAAUCCUGUAAUACAAAAGUGUUUUGUAUCUGAACAAACAAAAGCCAUUCAUGUGACAGUUGAUAUUUACUGGAUGUUAGAUGCUAUAAUAUAUAUAAUACUGUAGAGACGAGUCCGUUAAAGGGGUUAAUUUGCUACUUUUUUUAUGUGGCUAUCCAGUGUUGAUGAAAUGUAUUCAGUCGAAGCAAUAGAAUAAAUUCCUCCCUAGGUGCCAUGUUUACAGGAAAAGACUGAAAUUUGUGAGUUGCCUUCACGAGCCAGGGUGAAAACAAGAGUAGAGCCAAAAGCAGAGGUGACUAAAAUACCUCCCUGUAAGACUGAAACGCUGUCUAAGCUAAAAAAGAAGCUACGCAAACAGUGCAAACCUGUUACAUCACCUGUAGCUGUUAAUGUGUUGGACAAACGUCGCGUUACAGAACAGAAACUUCUCACUCUGUGAUCGACGUCUCUCUUCGUCCUGCCUGGUCGUGUUUUCCAGUUUAUCUUUGGGAUCUUUAAGACGGUCACCUCUGUCCCGCUACACAUAUCCACAUCCAUAAGCUGGACAGAUGUAGAAAAGGUUGAAAAUCUGAACGCUCAUGUGACCCACAUUAAAUGUGUGUUGCCAGAGGUUAGUCUCACACUGACGUGUGCACCCUGUAUGACAGAUGUUUGGCUUUGUAAUGUAGAACAGAUGGAACUCAGAAAGUGAACAGUUGACAGUCAGAGAAGAGACAUGGUGGGGACUUUCCGUUAGGUAGAGGACUGUGCAGGCAUUUUGAUAAAAGUAAGACAGAAGUAUCUGGGAUCUUAAACUCUGGUGUUGGAGGGUGGAAGUACAAAGUGUAUAAAUAACACCCUCGUGGCUAUGGUUGAUGUCUCCAUAUAACUGGAUAAAAGAGAGUUUUAACAUGUUUGUACUAGCAAAUGAGUUAUAUGUCCAUCCAACUAUCCAAAGUCGGGCUAUACCGUGAAACUGGCCUCUGUGUGCAGUAAGCAAAUCAGUUUAUACACAUUUAGACUUAACCGGGAAUAAAAUUCCCACACUGGCCCGAUUCAUGACAAGUACAGAGUAGUAUAAGAUUUGAUUUUAUUGAGGUUGAUACCCCCAAAAGCACACCUGAGCUCACUCACAUGAGACACCAGCUGAGAGCUUCUCUUAGGAACCCGAGCCCUUCAGCCUGCAUGAAGCAUUGCUCUGUUUUCAUUUCCCCUGCAUGUAAAAACAUUGUAACAGAUAAUGUGCUGCUGCAAUCUGCUCACACUGAACUCUCUGUGUAAAAGCGUAGGAGUCAGUUAAAGGAGGAUGUGUUUGUACAGACGUUUUAUACCCUGAGAAAUAAAGAUUAUUUGGUAUAAUA